CUUCACGGCGAUCAGGUUAGUGUGCGCCGGCGGGUGCUGGGGGCUCGAGAACCGAGCGGAGCUGGUUGAGCCUUCAAAGUCCUAAAACGCGCGGCCGUGGGUUCGGGGUUUAUUGAUUGAAUUCCGCUGGCGCGGGAGCCUCUGCAGAGAGAGAGAGCGAAAGAGAGCGCUAGAGAUGGAAAUGGACAAACGGAUUCAUUUAGAGCUGCGGAACAGGACGCCCUCUAAUGUGAAAGAACUUGUCCUGGACAACUGUCGGUCGAUCGAAGGCAAAAUCAAAGGCCUCACAGAUGAGUUUGAAGAACUGGAAUUCUUAAGUACAAUCAACGUAGGCCUCACCUCCAUCUCGAACUUACCAAAGUUAAACAAACUUAAGAAGCUUGAACUAAGCGAUAACAAAAUCUCAGGGGGCCUGGAAGUAUUGGCAGAAAAGUGUCCGAACCUUACGCAUCUAAAUUUAAGCGGCAACAAAAUUAAAGACCUCAGCACGAUAGAGCCACUGAAAAAGUUAGAGAACCUCAAGAGCCUAGACCUGUUCAACUGUGAGGUAACCAACCUGAACGACUACCGAGAAAACGUGUUCAAGCUCCUCCCGCAGGUCACGUACCUGGACGGCUAUGACCGGGACAACAAGGAGGCCUCCGACUCGGAUGUGGAGGGCCUGGACGACGACGAGGAGGAUGAGGACGAGGAGGAGUAUGAUGAAUACGCCCAGUUAGUGGAGGAUGAAGAGGACGAGGAUGAGGAGGAAGAAGGGGAAGAGGAGGACGUGAGUGGAGAAGAGGAGGAGGACGAGGAAGGGUAUAAUGAUGGAGAAGUGGAUGAUGAGGAAGACGAGGAAGAUCUGAGUGGUGAAGAAGAAAGGGGUCAGAAGCGAAAACGAGAAGCUGAGGACGAGGGGGAAGAAGACGACUAAGAGGAAUAAUUUGGAAAAUUCCUAUUGUGAUUUGACUGUUUUUACCCGUGUUCCCCUACCCCCUCCAAAUCCUGCCCCCCGAAACUUAUUUUUUUCUGAUUGUAAUGUUGCUGUGGGAACGAGAGGGGAAAAGUGUACUGGGGGUUAUGGGGAGG